AUGCCAGUGAGGAGGAUGAGCAGUUAUUAUGAUGAUGCGAAAGAGAAAAUUAUGAGGAAUGUUAGCAGGAAAGGGGUUUUGCAGACGUGGCACCAGAGCGGGCGGCGUUGUCCGCACGGCACCGUUCCGAUACGGCGGAGCACCGUACACGACGUCCUGAGGGCCAAAUCUAUCUACGAUUUUGGGAAGAAAAAGUCGAAAUACGCCACCGUGAAUACCGCCGCCGACGCCCACCGCCAACGGAAUGCCCCCGACGUCGUUAGUGGCAACGGCCAUGAGCACGCAAUAGCAUACACGAGAGGAGCAUCUGGAGAGCUGUACGGGGCAAAAGCGACAAUUAACGUGUGGGACCCAUCCAUAGAAAUGGUGAACGAGUUCAGCCUCUCCCAAAUCUGGGUUCUCUCCGGUUCAUUUGACGGUUCUGACCUCAAUAGCAUUGAAGCUGGUUGGCAGGUUAGUCCGGAGCUGUAUGGUGACAGCAGGCCAAGAUUAUUCACUUAUUGGACGAGCGACACUUAUCAAGAAACGGGCUGCUAUAAUCUUCUUUGCUCCGGAUUCAUACAAACGAAUAGUCGAAUCGCCAUUGGAGCUGCCAUCUCUCCCGUCUCGUCUAUCGGAGAAAAUCAAUACGACAUUAGUAUACUCAUAUGGAAGGAUCCCAAGCUGGGAAAUUGGUGGAUGGGCUUUGGUGAAGGCACGUUAGUGGGCUACUGGCCCACCGAGAUUUUCACAAACUUAAAGGACCGGGCCACCAUGGUGGAGUGGGGCGGCGAGGUAGUAAACUCGCGGGCCGACGGCAUGCACACUACCACACAAAUGGGCUCGGGCCAGUUCGCUGAAAGUGGGUUUGCUAACGCGAGCUACUUCAGAAAUUUGGAGCUCGUUGAUAUGGACAAUAACUUGGUCGCGGCCCAAGAGAUAUCGACCCUAGCCGAAAACCCAGACUGUUACGACAUCAAGAGCUACAACAACAACGAGUGGGGCACAUAUUUUUACUACGGUGGGCCUGGGAGAAACCCAAAAUGUCCGUAA